AUGGCGGAAGGAAGCAGCUCCACGGCGGCGGCCCGGGCUCCGCCCGCGCCGUGCUGCGGGCUCGCGCGGCUGGUGCGGCGCCUGCGGCGGCAGGGCAGGCGGGCGCUGUGCGCGGCCUCGCACUCGCAUCAGCCGCGCCGCCACCGCGCGUCGUCGUGCCGCCAGUACGACCCGCUCAGCUACGCGCGCAAUUUCGACCUCGGCCGCGACGCCGACGACGCCGACGCCGCGCGCAUCUACUACGCCUGCUCCUUCUCCUCGCGCUUCGCGCUGGUCCCGGCCACCGCCUCCUCCUCCUCGUCCGCCGUCGGCGCCGCCGUUGCUCCGGCCGGCCUGCCGGUCGCCGCCACCAGCUAG